AUGGCAGACAGCACCACCCCGGAACCUUACAUGAAGCCUGCAACGCGGCUGCGAAAGCUGCUCUCUCAACCGGGUGUCUGCGUCCAAGCCCCGGGAGUGUAUGAUGGACUCUGUGCUAGGCUUGCUAUAGAGCAAGGAUUUCAAGUUAUGUACCAAGGCGGCUCUAUGACCACGGCCGCGCGUCUUGGAAGAGCAGAUCUCGCUUUUGCGUCUCUAAAUGACUUUGCGCAGAACGCGCAGAUGAUUGCUAAUAUCGACCCUCGAAUCCCACUCAUUGCUGACGCAGAUGUUGGGUUUGGGUCACCACCAAAUAUUGCCCGCAUGGUACAGAUGUAUGACUCGUGUGGAGUUGCGGGCUUCCACAUCGAAGACCAAAUUGCCAAUAAACGAUGUGGUCACCUGAAAGGCAAGGAAGUUGUGGACAUAGAAACCUGGAAGUCAAGGAUCCGUGCGUGCGUGAUUGGGAGGGACUCUAUAUACGGCGGUAGCGAUAUAUUGAUAAUUGCGAGGACGGACUCAUUGGCUGUUGAAGGAUACCAGGCUGCCCUUGAUAGGCUCCUCGCGGCACGGGAAUGUGGCGCUGAUAUGGGCUUCUUGGAAGCAAUUGAGACAGAAGAACAGAUCAAGAAUGCCGUGAAGGUUUUGGCACCAAUGCCUCUCAUGGUUAAUUUGGUUUCCAACGGCAAGACACCGUGGUUCUCACCCGAAAAGCUUGGUGAGUGGGGAGUCAAGCUCGCCAUCUACCCCGGGGCUGCGGGAAAGUCAGUUCUUCACACAAUUCGCCGUGCAUAUAAAUAUCUUAUGGAGACCGGUCAAGAUGAUGCGGAAGCCCAGGGUUUAGAUCCCAAAGGUUUCUUUGACGUGAUGGGAUUGCAGAGGGAGAUGGAAAUUGAUCGGCUUGCAGGGGGUGUAUCAUUCACAAAUGGGGCAUAA